AUGGUAUUUCAGUCUCAUAAAAUUGCAAAAUUUUUCGAACCAGUUGGGGUAGGUGGUGACGGGGCUGAGACGGCGGAGAGGGAAACCUGGGCGGUUGUCGGCCGUUUUUUGACAAGCAAGCUCAUUAAGCUGGAGUAUAUGCGUCAAGUUCUCGCAUCUGUUUGGCAACCGGUGAAGGGGGUGACGGUAUCCGAGAUUCAGCCGAACCUGUUUCUGUUUGUGUUCUACCACAUCACGGACAUGCAGCACGUUCUCACCAAAGGACCUUGGUCUUUCGAAAACAAUUCGCUGGUGUGUCGGCAAGUUCAUGAUGGUGUUCUCCCGAUCGAUGUGGCGUUGGAUUCGCUUGAUAUGUGGGUUCAACUCCAUGAUCUUCCCAUGGGGUAUACGUCCGAUGCAGUCUUGGAACAAAUUGGAAAUUUCAUGGAAACUUUUGUCAAGUGCGAUGACCGUUUCGCUGGAGUUCCUUGGCGCAGUUUCUAUCGAGUUAGGGUGUCAAUCCCUGUGAGCAAACCUCUUAAGCGCCGAAUGCGACUGGUGAAACGUGACAAAUCGACGUGUUGGGUAACUUUUAAGUAUGAGAGGCUUCAUAAUUUCUGCUUCUGUUGUGGCUUACUAGGGCACUCUUAUAAAUUCUGUCUAAAAGUCAGGGAGUCGCCUCUUACAGUUGCUCAAUAUCCUUAUGAUGCUGGAAUGCGAGCAGGAGGAGCCCGCGGACCCCGUGCGGUUGGGGAGAGUUGGCUGGUUCCGGCGGUGGGGCAGUCUCGGUGUGAGGGUGCUGCGGACAGUGACGAGCAUGUGGUGACGCCUCCCGUCGCUCCUGCUGAUGUUCGGUCCAGUGAGGAGGACGUCGCUGUAGUGGUAGUUACGAAAAGAAGAAGGGAGGGUUCGGGGGUGGUGGGAGACGGCAGGGUAUUGCGGGUGAUGUUGUAA